GCUCUUUGCAAUGUCUCUUUCUCUAAUUGUGUGCCUGUCUCCUCUGUGUCCCGGUUUCUAGGAAGUUUGCCGACUGAUUAGCUUUGUUAGAACAGCUCCCCUGCUUCUUCACUUUACACUGAUUGAAAGCUUCCUUUUCGGGGGGUAGGUAGAAGAAAGGAAAAACUUCUUCAUUGGUACAUUUGCCCCUUUUCAGUCCUGAGUCAGAAAUCACACGACACCAGGUCACAGUCCAACAGGACAGCGCCACAAUGUUCAUGAGUCUCCGGACCUGAGACAUCAGGCAAGAGCGCAAAAUGAGGGCCAGCACAGGACCCCUUCCCCUCCGUCUUGCCCUCCUCCUCUUCCUCUGGUGGGGCUGGCUCCCUCUGGGCUGUACGACAAAACAUGACCCCCUGACAUGGGAUGAGAGUGGCUAUGUGGUCUACUGCCCCUGUAUGGGCCGAUUUGGGAAUCAAGCUGAUCACCUUUUGGGUUCCUUGGCGUUUGCAGAGAUGCUGAAUCGGACACUGGUGGUGCCCCCUUGGGUGGUUUACAGGCACCAGACGCCUCCCUACACAAAUGCCCAUGUCCCAUACAAUCAGUACUUCAAGCUGGAAACUCUGACAGAGUUCCACCGGGUAGUCAGUAUGGAGGACUUCAUGCGGGAACUGGCACCCGUGCACUGGCCCCUGGGAGAAAGGGUGGCAUACUGCUUCGAGAUGGCAGCUCAGAGGAGUGCAGAUAGAUCAUCAUGCCCCAUGAAGGACGGGAAUCCCUUUGGACCUUUCUGGGACCACUUCGGCGUGGAUUUUGAUCGCUCAGAGCUGUUCAGUGGGAUUGCCUUCAACGCCUACUACAAGGCUCAUUGGCUGGAUAGGUAUCCAGCCUCCAAACAUCCGGUUUUGGCCUUGCCUGGGGCUCCGGCCCAGUUCCCUGUGCUAAAGGAACACCGGUACCUCCAGAAGUAUGUUGUAUGGUCAGACAGAAUUACUCAGGAGGCUGAGAACUAUAUCCAGACCUUGCUGCUCAGGCCUUACCUGGGCAUUCACUUGCGUGUCGGGGUGGACUGGAAAAAUGCAUGUAACAUGGUGAAGGAUGGCACGGCAGGACCACACCUCAUGGCCUCACCGCAGUGUGUUGGUUAUAAUCGGCAGACGGCCCAACCCCUGACCAUGGAGAUGUGUUUGCCUGGUCUGGUUGAGAUCAGAAGAGCAGUGGUCACCUGGGCAAAGAGGAUCAACGCCAUGGCAAUCUACAUCGCCACUGACUCUGAGACCUUCAGCACCGAGAUAGAGAAGGCUGUGGAUAGAAAGGUAAAGGUGGUGAGUCUACAAGCUCCGCUGCCUCAGACUGAUCUCUACAUCCUUGGCCAAGCUGACCACUUCAUCGGGAACUGCGUGUCCUCCUUCACUGCCUUCGUCAAGCGCCAGCGGGAUGUUCAUGGGAAGUCCUCCUCGUUUUUUGGCAUGGACAAGCCACCAGGGCCCCAUGACGAGCUGUAAGGCCAGAUUGAGGGGCAGGGACAGGGAUUAAGCUGUUGGGGUUCAUUGAGGGUGGGUUGGGGUGAGUGAGUGAGCAGGGUGGAAAGAAGGAUCCCUGACUCCACCAGACUGUUCCCAGAGAAGACUUCACACAGCUCUGCCUCAGGGUGGGGCUGCAUUUUCUAGAACGCCAGACCCCCUUUUGCAGCUCUUCACUUGGUGAUGCCCACACUCUCUCUCUGUCUGUGAAAGCUCGCUGGUACGUGUGCACGCAGACUCACACAUUGUCAACACAGAGAUACACAUACACAAAUGCAAUGGCAGUUGUUUGGGGCUAGACCCCAGGGGUUCUGAGGCUAUCCGCUACAUGCCAGAGGUAAGGCCACCCGCCGAGGAUGAAGCCAGAAGCCCGGAUCACUUCGGAACCGCCAGGAAGGUUAGUGUGGGAUUCGGGUGUGAACCAUGGAUGGGACUAUCCUCGGUGUUUGCACCAGGACCCAGAGUUCAUGAAGAGAAUGAUGAGUAAAAACAGACUAAUCCUCUGUAAUAUUUUAAUUCUGAUGUGAUAAUAAAAAAUUCCUUAUAGAUUUUAUAA